UGAUAACGCCAGAGGUCGGUACGACCAUGUAAUCAUCAUCCACAUAGAAAUGACUUGUGUGACUGUUAUAAAGGAAUAGACACAUUUGUUACAGAUCUGAUGGUUCUGGGGGGGCUGGACGUGUGCGUCACCAAAUAUUUGUGUCACGCCCAAAGUGGGUUGAGGUGGCGCGCUGCCCAGCUCAUUGCUUCCUGUGCUCAGAACAUGCCGCAAGUGCAGGUCCACUUGCUAAAGAUCGGUGCUUUGCCAAAACUUCUACAGCUGACAGACUCGGACCCCCACCCCACAGUGAGAGUGAAAGCCCUUUAUGCAGUCUCAUGUCUGGUCCGAGAGCAGGAGGCGGGACUGGAGGCGUUUCUGUCUCAUGACGGCUUCUCAGUGCUGAUGAGAGGCAUGCAGUCUGAAGACGAGAAGCUCCAGACUAAGUCGGCGUUCCUUCUUCUUAACCUUCUCACAUCAAAUCCUGAACAAAAAGACACAGUGAUCUCUAUGGGGAUGGUGCAGCAGCUGGUCUCCAUGCUCCGCACUCCACACACAGUACCGUUUCAUGAACUUGUGCUUGGCAGCCUUUGUUGGUAGGAACAUCAACUGACAUCGGCGACAGGGCAAUUGGAUUUGUAGUUGGUUCACAUAGCGAUCCAGUGUUUGAAAUGUUUUUCAUGCUAAGUGAGCUGCAAUAGCAGGAGCAGGACUAGCAGGGUAAAUAAUGGAUGGACAUUGAUCAUGGCUGAGUAACACUGCACGUCUUUGUCAUGUGCCACGCCUCCCAGCCUGGUGGAAGACUGUGAGAAGGGGCUAAAAGACUGCAGUGAUCCAUCUCUCAAUCUGGAAGAGUUACUGCUACUGCGAGCCACGGAGCUCCAUGGGAA